AUGCUCCGGCUCCUGGCGCUCUUGCUCCCGUUGCUGCCGCCGCUCGCGCGCGCCCGGGAGCCCUCCGCGCAGGACGUGAGCCUGGGCGUGGACUGGCUGACCCGCUAUGGCUACCUGCCGCCACCUCACCCUGCCCAGGCCCAGCUGCAGAGCCCUGCAAAGCUUCGGGAUGCGAUCAAGGUCAUGCAGAGGUUUGCGGGUCUGCCGGAGACAGGCGUCCUGGACCCUGUGACAGUGGCCACCAUGCAUAAGCCCCGCUGCUCCCUGCCUGAUGUGCUGGGGGCGGCGGGGCUGGUCAGGCGGCGCCGCCGGUAUGCUCUGAGUGGCAGCGUGUGGAAGAAGCGAACCCUGACGUGGAGGGUAAACUCCUUCCCCCAGGGCUCAGUGCUGAGCCAGGAGACAGUGCGGACCCUCAUGCACCAUGCCUUGACCACCUGGGGUGUUGAGUCAGGCCUCGAAUUCCAGGAAGUGGGUUCUCAGGGCCCGAUGGAGCCUGACAUCCUCAUCGACUUUGCGCGGGCCUAUCACCAGGACAGUUACCCCUUCGACGGGCAGGGGGGCACCCUCGCCCAUGCCUUCUUCCCUGGGGAGCACUCCAUCUCUGGGGACACUCACUUCGAUGAUGAGGAGACCUGGACUUUUGGGUCAAAAGAUGGCGAGGGGACGGACCUGUUUGCCGUGGCUGUUCAUGAGUUUGGCCACGCCUUGGGCCUGGGCCACUCCUCAGCGGCCGACUCCAUCAUGAGGCCCUUUUACCAGGGCCCGGUGGGCAACCCCACCGAGUACCGCCUGUCCCAGGACGACCUCGAAGGCCUGCAACAGCUCUACGGGAAAGCACCCCAAACCCCACUUGACAAGCCCACAAGGAAACCCCUGGCUCCUCCUCCCCCGCCCCCUGCCCUGCCCCCGGACAGCCCCUCCCAACCCGUUCCUGAUCGAUGUGGUGGCCACUUUGACGCCAUCGCCAACAUCCGAGGCGAAACUUUCUUCUUCAAAGGCCCGUGGUUCUGGCGCCUCCAGCCCUCGGGACAGCUGGUGUCCCCCCGGCCCGCCCGGCUCCACCGCUUCUGGGAGGGGCUGCCGGCCCAGGUGAAGGUCAUCCAGGCCGCCUACGCCCGGCAUCCGGACGGCCGGAUCCUUCUCUUCAGCGGUCCGCAGUUCUGGGUGUUCCAGGACCGGCAGCUGGAGGGCGCCGCGCGGCCGCUCACGGAGCUGGGGCUGCCCCCGGGGGGGGAGGUGGACGCCGUGUUUUCUUGGCCGCUGAACGGGAAGACCUACCUGAUCCGGGGCAGGCGGUACUGGCGGUACGACGAGGCGGCAGCGCGCCCGGACCCCGGCUACCCGCGCGACCUGAGCCUCUGGGAGGGGGCACCGCACGCCCCCGACGACGUCACCGUCAGCAACACAGGUGACACCUACUUCUUCAAGGGCGCCCACUACUGGCGCUUCCGCAAGGGCAGCGUCAAAGCCGAGCAGGACUCCCCCCAACCAAUGGGCCCUAAGUUUCUGGACUGCCCCGCCCCCAGACCCCCCAAAGCGACCCUUAAGCCAGGAGCCUGCGACUGUCAGUGCGAGAUCAGUCAGGCGGCAGGGCGGCCGUCCGUGCCCCCCCUGCUGCCCCUGCUGCCCCUGCUGGUGGGGGGCUUCGCCUCCCGCUGAGGGGUGACCGCCCACCACACGGAAGGGACCGGAUCUCCCACCGCAGGCCCUCUGUCCCCGGGGGCGGAGCUCAGCGAGGAUGCUGCUGGGCGGAUGCGGGUGGAGUUAAGCCCAGGGAAGACCAAGGGGUGGUGACAGGACUAGCCCUGGCACUGAAUGCCCCACGUGUUUGGCCUCCUAGUUCUCUCCUCCCCCUCCCCUGGCAACCCGGACUCCGGCCUGGCUUCGACCCCGCAGGACUCUUCUUUUCCCGGAAUACCUAGCCUUUCCCGGAGCUCAGCCGGCUGACUCCCUGCAGCCCUGGACCCGCCUGGCAACAGCAGCUGUCCCAAGCUGUUCGGGUCUUUACAGGACAGGCUUGCCCGGGACGCUGAACCCCAGGCCGGCUCUCCACCCGCUGCCCUGACGUUUCUCACCCUGUCCUGCUUCCAUGAAGUCCCAGUCAAGCCAUAUUGGUGGGGACCCCAAACCCAGCCCUGAGACCACCCCUGAGCACCAGUGUCCCAAGUUCUGGGUGACGUCAGUGGCAACAUGGAUGAUACUCCAGAAUCCCGCCCCAGUGGACUUCUUUCUGGUCACCACGCUGGUACAAGAAAUGCCUACGUUCAAUAGGACACCAUCCUGUCCCUAAAACACCUCUCCCCACCUCCACACCUGAGCCUCUGCCACCUCCUUCUGAACUGCUUGGCUCCAUCAGCUCAAUGCUGGUGGAAAGACAGUGGACUGGUCCCCUCUCAGUCCAGGGUCACUGGCUCCUCAGCCUUCCUGGGUGAUGAGUGGGUGGAACCUGGGCCACCUCAUUGACCACCCUGCAACCUCUCCCCCGCCCACUCUCCACAGAAUUCAGGAUCUAAAUCAGUGCCUCUGCAACUAUGCUUUUGGAAUAUUCCACAACAGAGUGACUCACUAAACUUAAAAAUGCAGAUUCCAUGCCCUCGCUCUGAAUGCUCACUCUAGGGCUGGGGCCAUGAAUCUGCAUUUGAACAAGCUGGGGUGGGGGUGGCCCUGCUGGGCAAGGGAGCUGGGCCAGCGGCUGUCAUCUCUGUGUCUCUGCCUUGUGGCUUUUCUGUGUUUCUGCCAUGUUUUCUCUCCCAGGGGCCAACCCCUUCCUGUUGUCUACAAAGCCCAGCUGAUGGCCUUGGUUGAGAGAGGUCCACCCCCCAUGUGUGGAGUCACUUAGCGGCCACUUCUUUGGUUGGUACCCAGCUUCAGCGGCCCCACAGUGCUGCCCAGAGCUGAGGCCAGUGGGGAUGUUGCCCACCUUGGUCACGAGCAGCAGACCAGUAGGAGGACGACAGCCAGGUGUCUUCAACCAGCCUGGGACCUGAGAAUUCAAGGCGACCAGAAAGCUAUCUGGGCCUCUGUUAGGAUCCUCGUGAAGUAUGAGGAGGAGGAAACUUGUAUUUGAAGAGCUUGUCAGCCCCACCAGGAGGACAAUAAAAAUGACGGGAGAGAAAGCCCUUCGUUUCUUCUGAGCACUGAUGGAGCUGGGGUGAAGUUCGGUGGCAGGGACCUGACAGACCCAAAUCACUCUGAUUUGCAGAAGAGGUUGGAAUCCAGUGUUGAUGGGAGACAGGGUGGAUGAGAAUGAAUGGGAGGAGGAACCCAAAAAGUUGGUUGAAGGGAGCCCAGAGGAGGAAUGUCCCAUGUGAAAUUCGAGGCUGCUUUCACUGCUACGAUGGAAACUUCUUCUCCAGCCUUUAAGAUUUCGUUAAGUCUGCUACACAAAAAUGCCACAUUAAAUUGAAUUAUAUUACUUAAAGAACAGUACAGUCCCAUAAUAAAAAUGUAAAACUUCUGUGUUUCAAAGGAGACCAUCAGAAAAGUGAAAAGUCACCCCAGACACCCUUGUCCCUUGUACACCCCCUUCUUCAUACACUUUCUCCCUAAAUGCAGAUUCUUUAGGUGCAAACAGGCAGAGCUUCAGACUGCAAGUCAGCUCUUCCAAAAUGACCCUGCAGCAAACACUGCAGGAUUCCACCCAAUGGGGGCUCUGGAGUCAACAACUCAGACCGAAGUGGAUGUUG